AUGAUUUCUCUUUCUACUUCGCUCAAACCACUCUCUUCCUUUUCUUCACUUACACUUGUCCGAAGACAACGUUGUCCUAACAAUCUCCUUUUCACUUCUUAUACUAAACCUAACUCAAACUUCCUUCUUCCCAAAAGAUUAGUUGUUGCUUGCAAGAAAUCUACCUUCAUCGUGGAGGAUGUACCAAAAGAAACAACAAAAACCGAAGAGGAAAGCUACCGGAAAAUACCCUUUUCAUCAGAGGUCGUGAGAAAGAAGAGAGUGUUUUGGGAAAGGAAAUGGAACUAUUGGGAUGUGAGUAGAGCAAUAGGGAUCCUUGGUGUUCAUUUGUUAAGCCUCUUUGCACCUUUUCACUUCAACUGGCCGGCUUUUCGAGUCGCGGCCGGGCUCAGCUGCAUAGCGGGAACGGGGAUCACCUUGUCCUAUCACCGGAAUCUAUCUCACCGGAGUUUCACUCUGCCUAAAUGGCUAGAGUAUCUCUUUGCUUGGUGUGGCACACUAGCUUUUCAGGGAGAUCCAAUAGAGUGGGUGAGCAAUCAUCGUUACCAUCACCAAUACUGUGAUACAGAUCGUGAUCCUCAUACUCCACGACAUGGCUUUUGGUUUAGUUACUUCCUCUGGAUCUUUGACACUGAUUUUAUCCUCCAAAAGUGUGGAGGGGAAGAGAACGCAGCAGAUUUAAAGAGACAACCUUUUUAUAGGUUUCUUCAAAGAACAUGGAUUUUGAACAACCUCGCACUUUCCAUUAUCCUUUACUUAUUUGGUGGCAUUCCUUUUCUCGUAUGGGGAAUGGGAGUUAGAAAUGUAAUCGUGCUCCAUUCUACAUUUCUGAUGACAGCAGCUUCGCACACAUGGGGAACUCAGCCGUGGAAAACCGGAGAUCUCUCAAAGAACAAUUGGUGGCUGGCGAUAGUAACACUAGGGGAGAGCUGGCACAAUAACCAUCACGCCUUCGAGUUCUCUGCAAGACAUGGAUUGGAGUGGUGGCAAAUUGAUAUUACUUGGUACAUUGUUCGGUUCCUCCAAGCUCUUGGAUUGGCCACAAACGUUAAGUUAGUGACCGAAGCUCACAAACAGAGAUUAAGUUGUGAUGGAUCGAAAUCAUAG